ACAUGGAAAUGUAAUUAUUAUAGUAAAUAUAAACUGCUAAAUACCUUUUCUCAUCAGCAGUUAGAGCAGUCUUGUGACUUCUAUAAGUGUCCAGCAGAGUACUGGUUACAGCUUGUAAAACCCCUGACUUCUGCCUGGAGAGUGCUGAUUGGCCCUGUACUAAUCACAUGCACUCUCCCAAGAAAAAAAGAACUCUCUAGCAAUACACACCAAACUGAGCAUAUGCAGCUUGCCCCAGAGCCUUUGUUCUAUCAGGAGAUAUAUAGUAGACACUGAAAGAAGGGGAGGAUCAGAGAAGACAGGAUCAAACAUCCUUUUUACACAAUGCAGAGAAUUAACCCCUUAG